AUGGGCCGGGGGCCCCCGGAGCUGGCGGGGCCCCGGCGCAGCCUGCGGACGGGCACCAGCGCUCGGGGUCACCUUUGCCCGAUGCCCACCCGUGAGCCAGACUGCAGCUGUGGCUGCGGGCCCAGCAUGGCACAGGGAAAGUGGUAUGGUGUCCGUUCCUACCUCCACCUCUUCUACGAGGACUGCACUGGGGCCAGCCCCAACAGGGACAGGGACGGGUCCUUGCCCCAUUAAACCUGGGCCCCCCUCAUCUGGAAGGUGAGCUUCUCCACAGGGACCUUAUUCCUGCUCGUGGGGGCUGUAGCGGUGGCUGCCAGCUCCCUGGUGCCCCCGAAGCUGGAGGGGAUCAGAGAGGAGGAGUUUGUGGUGCUGGAUGUGCAGGUGGUGCAGUACAGCCAUGCGCUGGGAAUGUGCCAGCUGGUGGGCAUGGCGCUGUGUGUGGCGGCUGGGGUGCUGGGCACUGUCAGGCUCCUCUCCUGUGUGCUGGCCCCACACCACCGCCGGGAAGAGGAGCAGCGGCUCUCACCCAUCCUGUGUGGCAGCCCCCUGCCGCAGCCCUCUGCCACCUUCACCCCAGCAGGGACAGUGAUGCCCUUUGGCAUCUCCUGCAUUCAUGUGUCCAACCCUGGCGGGACACCUGAGGCAAGGGAGGUGAUGGGUGAUGCCUGGCAUGCGGCCAAGCCAUGCUGCACCCUGGGAGCCAGCUGGAUCACCUGGAGCUGGCUUGCAGCGAGCACUGCAGAGCAUCUGGCUCAGUCCCAGCAUGGACACCACAUCCCACUGUCCUCUCGACCUGCGUCCCCCACACCCCCUGCUUCUGCAGCUGCUGCUGCUGCCACUGCUCAGUAA